UUCUUAUAAAAGUCUCUGUGUUUUAGCGGGAGCAGGACCCUGGGCAAAGGUCCUGGGAUCCGGGAGGGUAGAGUGAGGUUGGGAGCAAGGAUGAGGAACAAUUUGCGAAGGGAGACCGGAGAGGCAGCAGGUGUUUUUGAGGUCCGCUCUUGCUGGAGUCGACGAGCUCGCUGUAGGAUGCUGCGGAAAAACUUCAUGCAUUGGGACAGUCGAAAUACACCUUGGUAUCCGGUCGUUGUAGCUGACAGAAGCAGGUGUUGAUGUUGCAUAUUCCUGAUACACAGAUUGAGAAAUUCGACCGACGAGGCGCCGAGGACUAUUAUGAGUAACAAGAUCUGCAGCCCUGUCGAUUCUUGCGACAAUCACCAACCGGUGGACGCGCAAAACUACCUGGACAAGGUGGUCGACUUGACGAUACGGCAGAAAUAUCAACAACUCGACAUGCAGGAGAAUAGAAAUACACUCAGGGUAUCGAACAAUGAUCCACGCUUGUGGAAACGAACCGACGUGGCCAGCUGGCUGCAGUGGGCUGUGGAGUUCUACCAGCUGGACAGCGUGGACACGCUGAAGUUUGCCAUGAACGGAAGAGGGCUCUGCCUACUGACCCGGAGCGGGUUCAUGACCAGGGCGCCCUCCUGUGGCGAUAUCCUCCACAGCGACUUCCAGAGGCGAUACGCGGUGGCCGUCUUAAAAUCCAAGAAGGAAAAAAUGAAACGAAGCGUGCCAUGGCAACCAGACGCGAAUAAAUCGAUGGACGAUACCAAAAGACCCAGAGGGGCGGAAAAACAGUGAUCAUCCAAAGAUAUUGCCUUAUUAUUACAAUGUUGCUUUGUUGCAUGCACAAACGUUGAACGCCUGCAAAUGAGACUAGUUAAUUUCUAUGAGCUUACGGUGCAUGACCGUGUUAAACAUUCAAAGUUCCCGCACCAAUGGUCCAUGAUCAUUGUACCAUUCCUUGUGGUCUAGUUGGAGUAGCACAUUAGGGAAAAAGCUUAGCUGACUUAGAAUGUUUCGUCGAACUCAGUAGGUGGUGCAAAUUCGAUCGGUGACAACCAUCGAAGGUGAUUUCCACACGUACAAUGUAAUGCGUUAGUAUUAUGGAAUUUAAUAAUGCCAUGAGACACCCAAAAUUGUGCAUAUAUCGUAUGUGUUCUCUAUUUUCUCAAAAUGACGUCACUGAGCAAAAACAUCAACAGGUUUAUUGGUGUCGAUGUCAUGAAUCCUAGAGAUUGUAAGCAAUUUUGUUACUUCAAACUGAAGAUGAUCCUAGGCCUACAUUUAACCCUGAAAGGGCCGGGCUACUUUAACCAUCUCUCAGCCG